AUGCGACGACCUUCUUUGGACUUGAGCGAGCCCUCGCGCAAUAUUGAAGAGUCAAACGGCGACCCUUCCGACGGCCACGCCAUGGACCUCGACUUGGAUAUCGACUUCGCCAUGUCACCAACCGACCAAGAUACCCGCGACCAGGAUGCUCGCGUCUAUUCGCCGCCGCCGCGCAUCGCUGACCGUUUCUACCGUCCCUCACACGCUCGCCGCCGUGACUCGGCUGCCUCCUCUCGACGCAACUCUAUUUCCUCGGCUCACUCGCGCUGUUCUUCCAUCCAUGCAUCUUCCGCUCAUCCCGACCAGCAAAGCAAGUAUCUCGCCCAACACCUUCGUCGCGCCUCGUUUCUUGAGGAUCGCAGAGCCCGCCUUGCCGACAGGGCUGCUCAUGCCGAAAAGGUCCGCUUGAGAGCGGCCCUGGCAAAGGCUGCACCCCGUGGACAGGCUUCGGAAGAAAAGGCUCUCGCAGCCCAACAAGCGCGAGAGCGCAACCUUGCCGAGAUUGCCGCCACCUGUGCCGAGGAAGUGCGCAAAGCGAAGCAAGUUGCCGAGCAGACCAAGGAGAAACGUGAACAAGAGGUUGCCCGCAUCAAAUCCCAACUCGAGGAGCGCAUGGCCGAGGCUCAGCGCCGCCGAGAGGAGCUUCUCAUCAAAACAACUUCUCGCAAGGUCCGCGUCAACAGCGCCUCCAGGAAGCCCGUCGACGUCUUGGAUCACCUUGAUCAACGCGAGGCUCGCAACUUGUCCGACCAGGACGCCGCCCGCACCAUCCAAGGCUGGUGGCGCGGUCUUGUCCGCAAGCGAGCUGUCGAAGAGUUCAACGGUCUUGGCCUGAGUAUUGAUGGCAUCAGAGACACUGACUUCGACACCGUCGCUGCGUUGCUCGCUCAAGAGAAUGUCCUGCAUGUGGCUGCUCGCUUGUUGCGUCUCUGUGGGCUGCAAGAAGGCGAGCCCAACUCCGUUGCUGAGAUGGCUGCGUGUCGCACCUUUAUGAGUGCUUUUCUCAUCCUCGGCCAACCCAACAAAGUUCUCAGCACAAAGGAAGACUCCAUCGAUCCAAACGCCGAUGACAACGUUACGUCCGCGACGAAUCGCCUGCCGGCUGCCGACUUGAAUAACCCUCAGUUGCAAGACCUGAUUGGUAAAGCCAAGGAUCUCCUCAUCACAUUUGAGAACAUUCUUACAUGGCUUACACCCGGCAACCGCUACACGAUUCCACCAUCUAUGCGCAAUGCUAUCCCCGAGGCAUAUGCCGUAUUCUACAACGCAUUCAUCGCUUGGAAGUCUCGCGAUUCCAACGCCCUUGUUGAAGUCAUGGUCAUGCAGUUUGUCGAACUCGAUGCCAUCUAUCAAACAGUCAAAGAAAGUACCGAUGAUGCAGCCGCCGCUCUGUACCGACAGAGCAUCGAGCAAAGUCAGCUCAUGUUGAUCGUCCGCAUCAAGCGACUGGCUGGUCAGGAAAAGGGGAAGAAGUUGAUUUUCAAAGCUGUUGCGGAGGCACGCAAGGCACGUAAGGCCAAGAAGCAAAUCACCGGCGACACCAGACCUCGGGUCGCCGACAACUCGGCUGGCGAUGCUUCUGCUACUGCCAACAGCCUCGUUUCUCCCGAGUCGCAGACUCUCACGCCCCCAUCGACACCGCUCAGCCGAGGUCAAGGCCACAGCACAAGUCAGCAGCUAUCCUUCGCCCCCAAGGCUGGCUUGAUGGGCCUGAUUCCAGACAACCGUGUUGUUGUGCAUGAGCUCGCAAUCAACAAAGAGUACCAGAUACCUACAGAGGACUACGUCGAGCAGCAAGCGGCAAUGACUAGACCUGUCUGGGCACACAUGCGCGCUACUGCCCAGGCAGAUGAUCAAGAAGCCAACUUUCGCAUCUUCCUCAACAUGGCAAGCAACAUCAGGGAUAAGCUGCAACGGCUACUCAAGCCUGGCAACUCAAUGUACAACCUCAUUGGCGAAAUACUUGACCCCGAAUUGGCAGAGCGGCAGUUCUACCUCGGCAACUUUUCGUAUGAAAAGUUCUUUGCUGCCAUGGCUUCCUUGUUGCCCAAGCUCUGUGCACCUUUCCGCGACGAGGAAGUCAACACCUUGAUUCGGGAAAAGCUCAACGACGGUAAUGUCAUUGAUCGAGUCGAAGCGCUACUGGGGUUCAUUGAUGUUAUGCUUUGCGAUUAUGUCAAUUAUCUGAUGCGCAUGGCUGCGCCGCAACUCAUCGAGUCUGCGGCACAGUACGAGGCAAAGCGCUUUGCACAAGAAAUUGCAGCCGGUGAAGUUCGCCUCAGCGUGGCUGAAAAUGCCUGGCGCGAGGCUGUCAACAAGGUCAUGGCUGAGGUGCAACGCCGCGACCCAGAAGGUAUCAGUCAUCCCAAAUCGCGACCCGCUGCGUCACGCUUCUAUGCACAGAUGCUCGUAGAUGUCUUUACGACGCUUUCUCUCCCAGUCUUGCCUGAGCAGGUACCCGAAAUGCUGCGCCUCGACAUUGCGCGCAUUGCCAAGGUCUCAACCAUGGUACAGCGCAUCAUUACUGUUGGUGCCGUGUUGCUGCAAUGCAAGAACCUCCUCAAGCGAGAUGUUCGCUCACAGUGGAAGACGGAGGCAUCGCGUGUUCUCGCCGUGCUUGAGAACGAGCACCCAUUGCUUGAUACCGAGCUAGACGGCACCAUGGCGGCACUGGAGGCUGGCCGAUCUAUGCCCGCGGCAACAAAAACGCAGCUGCGACAGCUGGUACGCAAGGUUUUGGAGUCGUCGCGAGAGAUGGCCCGCACCGGCAUCGAGCCAACUCAGCCAGUACUUCGCCUGCUUCUCACGCGACUUCGCGGCAACAUUCUCGCCAGACUCGUGCCUGGCUCCUCGUCGGCGAAUGAAAAGGUCAAGGCGGCAAAUUCGGCUGGUGAGAAGCUUGCCAGCCUGGGUCUGUCGGAAUUUGUCGACCGCGUCAGACAAAUUUCUGAUCUCCUCGACAAGGUUGGAUCGGUGGACCGCGCUGCGCACAGCACUUGGUGGGAUGCCGUUGCCAUCAAAGUGCAGCAGGAGACGAUUGAGUCCUGA